UGCUCGGAUCCACACUUCAGAGAUGGACCUGAAGCAGUAGACCAUCCGGGGACUUCUGGCACACUCUUUUCAACAUACUAUGCUUUGGGACACACUUAUUCUAAUCUCGCAUGCUAUUUAGGAUUGCGACGCAGGGCUCUUAUUGUGACGGGCCGCUCUCUGAAGCUCGGGCUCUUAUUGUGACGGGCCGCUUGCGGAUGUGGGGCCGAGCGCGCAGCAGCUUCGCAGAUGAAGUCCAGCUCGAUGCUGAAGCAGAAAGCUCGAGCGCUUUAAACUCAUCUGCAGUGUCACGGGGCGUCUGGUCGGGUCAUGGCUUCGGGUUCGGAGGCCGUUCACUACAUCCACCUGCAUAACUCCAGUCAGUCUGUGCUGGAGGCCCUGAGGUCUCAGCGGCGUAAAGGUCUGUUCUGUGACGUGACGGUGCGCAUCCACGACGCGUCUCUGCGGGCUCACGCCUGCGUUCUGGCGGCCGGCAGCCCCUUCUUCCAGGACAAGCUGCUGCUAGGUCACUCUGAGAUCUCGGUGCCACCGCUGGUUCCCGCAGAGACGGUCAAGCAGCUGGUGGACUUCAUGUACAGCGGCUCGCUGGUGGUGCUCCAUUCGCAGGCGCUCUGCAUCCUCACCGCCGCCUCCAUCCUGAUCUAA